GUGGCCUGGAAAGGGUUCCUGAGCCCUCUAGGAUCGACGGAUCACAUGGCGCCCUCUUUCUAUCACUAUCUGCCCGUGCCCAUGGAUGAGAUGGGGGGGAAGCAAGGAUGGGGCAGCCACCGGCAGUGGCUGGGGGCCGCGAUCUUGGUGGUCCUGUUCGGGGUUACCUUAGUCAUCCUGACAAUCUACUUCGCCGUCACAGCGAACAGCGUGGCCUGUAGAGACGGGUUGCGAGCGCAGGCUGAGUGCCGGAACACCACGCACCUGUUGCAGCGCCAGCUCACCCGCACCCAGGACAGUCUGCUGCAGGCCGAGACACAGGCAAACUCCUGCAACCUGACCGUGGUGACCCUUCAGGAGUCCCUGGAGAAGAAGGUGUCUCAAGCCCUGGAGCAGCAGGCCCGCAUCAAGGAGCUUGAGAAUGAAGUCACGAAGCUGAACCAGGAGCUGGAGAAUCUGAGGAUCCAAAAGGAGACUUCUAGCACAGUGCAGGUGAACUCUGGCAGCUCCAUGGUGGUCUCCAGCCUACUGGUGCUCAAAGUGUCACUGUUCCUGCUCUUUUGAGGACUCAUUAGUUGGCAGGUCACAGUUGUUUGAAGUCACUAUGGGUCAUAGUGACUCUGGAGAGGUCCUGGCAGCCCUGAGGAUGUGGAAACCACUAGGGGGCUCCAGAUUGGGUCUUCCUCCGCAGAACUUUAGGACUGGGGAGUGGGGAGGGAGUUCUGCUUUAUUGCUUUUGCAGUUAUUGGGGGGGGUCACAUAUUUCUGGUGUCUUUGACCUGGAAAAAUAAAGUAAUUUAAAAAGAAA